GUUGAAACAAUGGUUUCAACAUGACGAUAUGUGUUCGUUUUAGGCUCGAACAAGCUGGAAACUGAGUUCCUUUUUCUCAAUACAAUUCUCUACCUCUCUUUAUUGAUUUCAUAUCCUUUUAUAGCUAGGGUGACAAUUCCUAAUCCUAAGAUUGGGAUCACAUCAAUUGAUUUCCCGUAUCUUUUACUGAUACUUAAAAUAUACUUAAAGUGAUCUCGUUUAUCACCUAAUCCUAACCGACACGGCUAAUCCUGCAUAACAAAUAGCAAAUCAAUAUGAAAUCAAUAAAAUCACAAAACAACUAUGGGAGAGGCAGAUUGUUCCGGACUUGGAGUUACUUUAUAGUCACGUUUGUAGAUUUUCAUACAUGGCUUUCAUGUGGGAUGUGGGCUUCCACAUCUGCCAUUGGCCCAUCGUAUGCAUGGGUUCCCUGGUGAUAAUGGACCGCCACAUGGACUAUACGGGUAUCGGCCGUUUCACAUGAAUGGACCCUUUUUCUCAUGUCCUUACCCGGAUGAACUAUGAGUUCAUCAUUCCCCCCGCCUUCAAGAAUGAACUUGUUCCUCAAGAUCAUUAUCAACGGAGUGAGUGAAUAAUUCAGAUGCUAACUCCCAGGUAGCAUCUUACUCAUGCAAGGUAUAGAAAUUCACCUUAGAUUCCUCCGCAAAGCGCUUGCCUUGGCGAGACCAACAAGUGUUUAGGAUAAGCUUUUUGGCUAAGUGCGAGGGUCCCAUCAUCAGCAAUUGGAGGAACUACUACCUCACAGAAGUGGUAAGCCAGCUUUUGAAAUGCUCGGCGACCAACAUAAUGUUGUCGGUGAGGGAGGUGAACAAACACAUAAUAUCCUAUGACAAAUUCAACAUCAUGGCGACGAGCAUCGACAUGUAGUUGCAUGCGAGCUUGGUCCUUCUGGAGGCUAAGUUUCAGCUUAUGAAUUCUUUCAUUCUUUUCAUGGACCACUUGGUCUCCCUUUUCCUUCGCAUCGUCAUCAUUAACUUCCUUCUCCAUAACACAAUUCUUUCCACCCACGAACUCACCUAAGCGGCGCACCAACCCUCCACUUUUGUGCACCUUGAAUUUUCUUCUGACUUCAAAAGUCAACGAAUCAUUUAUGUCCUUAUCACCAAGCUGCGGAAACUUUGGCAACUUCUUCCUUUCUCUUUUGCUUAGUGAGCGAUGUUGCAGAUUUGAGGUGACUGGUCGCUUCGAUGUUGCACUGAUGGUCGUCAAGGUUGGGACGACGAAAGAAAGAAGCACCUUGUCCGGCUCAAUCUCUUUAGUUGAUCGGCCACCAGACACGAACAGAGCAGCAGCGACGCUGGCUGGUGAUGUUGCUGUGGCAACGACCGCUUCCUGUCCAUCUCUUUGGCCGUUUAUUAUCGCUCCGCGCUUCCCUCAAUGGUUGCAUCACAGCUUGUCGCCAUCCCCUCACCUCUUGGUGCUAUUCCAUAGCCUGAAAGCACUCUGCAUACGGCGUUAGACGUGUUAUGGCCAGGUAGAACUAGUUUACGGCUCACCGCAUCGAGAUUGGCACACUUCUCCUAUUCUCCUUGGUGCACUGCAAGACUUCUCAAAGCCAAACCCAUAACUAAAACAUAUGUUCUUCCUUGAUGUAUCUCUUCUGAAGUCCUGAUUAUGGACUAGAGCUCAGACCGGCCUUCCCCCGAUGGCGAAGACGUUGGAGUCUUCAGUAGUGGACUUAUGAUUCGGGCCUAAUUGUACAUAUUUUGCCUCCGAUUUGCUUAGACAUUUGUGCCAAAUUCGCUCAUUAGAGGUUAGUUUUAAGCGAGUUUCUUUGUGUUUGAGUGCUUUUCAAGAUUUAACAGGUGGAACCAGCCUUGGAGUCGAAGGAUUGGCGAAAAGGAUCAAAAACCGGGAGAAGAGGUGAAAAAACGCAAGUUCACGAUUAAAGAUAGGAGUUCACGGUCGUGCUAGACCAUGAAGAAGGGGAGUUGACCGUGAAGCGCAAGGCGUCCAGAGCCAAGUUGAAGGUUACUAACGCAAGGCGAGUUCACGGUCACUAAGACCGUGAACACAAGCAGUUGCCCGUGAACUGGCGUGAUCGAUGCGGAGCGUUUUGGCGCAAGGCGUGAGUUCACGGACGUGUUUGAUGGUUCACGGCCAUGAACUCAGGCCGUAAACUCAGCUCUUCUCGGGUUUAAAAGAUGAGUUGCAAGGAAAAGAGAGGUGGAUCCACUUUUGUGAGAGAAACAGAACCAAGAAGAGAAGAAGAGGUUAUGGCUUGGCUUCAAAGGAGGUUUUGGGAAGAUUUCCCCAAGGAAAUCCCAACUCAAGGUUGAAGAAGAGAGGAGGCAUCCCCAAAAGAUGGUUUCCACCUUUUUCUCCUUUGUUCUUCCCACUUCUUCCAUGGAGUAGUCCUCCUCCCACUUGGGGUGUAGUGAAACCCUAAACCGUACCAUGUAGUUUUCUUGUAUGUGGUUUGGAUGAUUGAUAUUGGGCAUUGUUCAAUUUAAUGUUUGAGGUAUUUUUCACCAUGAUUUUGCAUGCUUGUGCUUAGUAACUUAGGGGUUGUGCAUAUUUUGUGCUUAGCAUCCUAGGGAUUGUGCAUAAUUGUGCUUAGCACCCCUAAGUUUGUGCAUUUAGGUGCUAGUAAUCUAAUUUGCCAACUUAACCUAGUUUAGAGAGGAAAAUCACCCUUUUUAAGGGAGACUCAAUCGAGUUGGGUUUCCUUCAUCUUUCCAAGCCACCUAAACUAGGUUGAGUUAGAGCAAUCCUCAAUAAGGAUGAGCAUGGGUCGGGUGGGUCAGUUUUGAACUACUUUGACCACCCAACCCACACAUGCUGGUUUCAAUAAAUCUAUACCCACACACACCUGAAACAUUUGAGACCCUGUCGGUUUGAUGUCUACUGGGUCGGGUUAUUUGGAUAAUCAAUCCGUCUAAAAUCCGAACCGCAAUAACUCAUCGGAAAUAGCAGAUUUUCCAGAAAGAAAUGCGACAAUUUGGGCAUAGCGAUGGUAGAUCUGAAGUUCCUAACGAGAUUCCUACCUGAAAGGAGAAGAAACUUUAAGAAAAAGGCCGACGACGUGGAGGCUAAUGGCCACUCAAGCCUCUAUCAAGUGGUUUAGCCAUCAUAUAUAUGAGAAUCCUAUAAUUACAAACCAAGUAGUAAAUAUCAUAGGCUUGAAAUCCAAAGCAAAAAGAACCAAACCUUCUGCUCUUAAAGCAAAAGGAGAAGAACCCAAAAAACAAAGUUGCAAAAGAACCUCUGCCUCUAGAUCUCCUAAAGCAAAAUAAGCCCAAAAAGUAUACAAAGAAUUCAUUUAGUGGUGUUUCACAGGAUAGGGGAUGGGAGGUAGUUAAUUGGCGGCAAUCUAAAAAGAUGGAUGCGAUGGAAAAUUCAAGAACCAUCGACAAUAGAAGGGUGUGAAUAUG